AUGGGCAAAAAUUCAAAGCAGUCCAAAUGGGCCGAUCGUGUCGACGAGCAUGAUCACUACGGAUAUGAUCGCCAUGGGCAUGUUCAAGACCCAGCCGAAUUCAGAUCUAUGCUCUACUCUGAGUUUUUCGGUGGACUUCACAAAGAACACACGACUGGGGAAAUUACUCAGCAUACCCAGUUCUCUCGUUCAACGCUCUACACAAAUCUUUUUACCUUUGACACGAGCCGGUUCCCUCCACCAACCCAUGCCACUUCUAUUUCAACAGAAUUCAGGACAUUAGCAGACUCCAUGCUCAGACUUGCUCACGCAAUGGGCACCGGCCAAGAGUGGCUUGCCUUGAUGGAUUUCCAAGGCGCUUUCAGGGUUCGGUACAACGGAAUUCGCUGUGCGAUGAAGACCGACUGUAUUCCACUCGACAUUUCGAUCAUGAUAACACGUCUCUAUGCUCUUGUCGUCAAUUCUGGAGAGGACACCACAAAAACGAAUGAUUUCUUGGGCCUCGACUACCUCUUUCAUCACGGUGCUCAGAUGGAGACCACUUUUGACGUCUGCAGCUCGGAUUGUGAACAGUACUGGACCCUAAAGUUCAUUGAGCUUGGGCGCAGGGUGGCCAAGGGAGCUGCCGCUUGCGAGGCCAAUACCACGGUCAAAUUGUAUCUGUACUUCUUGGUUGCAAAGAUGCCCCAAGUUCUUGAGCGACACUAA